AUGGACAGCCGGCAUACUAAAGACGAUCGUGCCCUCGAGGCCGGCUACCCAACGGCUCUGGAAGAGAAGUCGUCGAUGCGGACCGAAGAGACCAGAGAGCCCCAACCCCCACGUUUCGUGGUCAUCCAGAAGAUGCCGUCGCCUCGCCACCUCCUCGUCACCCUGGCACUGUGCUUCCUGUUCACCUUUGGCCUGGCCCAUGCCCUGAGCCCCAAGGCCUGGCACCGGGGAUCGUGCCACGAGAAGUCAUCGUCCGAGUCCCAGCAGCAGCAGCAGGAGCAAGUCGUCGACGCCUCGAGGUUCACCAACAUGCUCGAUGCCGUCUCCCCGGACUCGCUGCACGAUCUCCUCCACCGCUAUCUGCCUGAGAGCGACGUCUCUUGCACAGCUGGCCAAGCGUCAGGACACCAACAGCACCUCGGUGCCGACGACGUCUCCCACGUCUUCGGCUCCAACUACGACCUCUCAUACCUCGACCACGGUGACGACACCGACCAGCUCCGCGCCAACGUCGACUUCUGCCAGCAGCGUGCCGUCGUCGACCUCGGCGCCGCCGACCUCCUCGUCUUCGUCUUCGUCCUCCCGCCCUCCCUCUUCCUCGGUCACUUCUUCUGGUACGUCGUCGACUAUGACUUCUUCGUCCUCUUCUCCUUCUUCCUCUUCCUCCUCGAGAAGUUCAAGCUUCUCCAUAACGUCGACAUCGUCUCGAUCGAGAACAUCGUCAUCUGCCGCUCGAGUUCGGAGAGCCGGACGAGUCCGCCGCGUACGUCUAAGCCGACGACGUCGACCUACACGUCCACGCUCCCCAACGGUGCAGCCACCACCGUCGUCGAGACCUCGUACGUGGGCGUCGACGACCCGAACCAGACCACGAGCACCAAGCCGUCGGGCAGCCUUCAGACCAACGCCGCCGUGGCUCGCAACCGCGGCCAUCUCGUCGAGGCGGCCGUGGGAGUCAUCGUCGGAGGGGCGCUGCUGAUCUAA